AUACUAUAAAACCCUCAUAUAAUACAGCUCUUUCAUUUGAAUUUUCACAUAUAGUAUACCAUAAUACAAAGAGAUUUGUAUCUUAUUAUCUUACAUAUAAAGAAACAACGUAAAGAAACACACACACAAAUAUAAACUAUUUCCUCUCAGCUUUUUCAUCCAAACUCCUACUGUCACAGAAAAUCUAAGCUCCCAUUCUUAAGCCAUUUUCUCAUUUUUCAAUCCUCGAAAUGUUAUUUAUACCGUAAACGAUGAUAAUGAACGUUGAGGCAACGCUAAUCCUAGGGCUCUUUUUAGCAAGUUUGUGCAAUUGUUCUCUGGAGGUUGGAUUUUACAGAGACAAAUGUGGGGUUGCAGAUGUUGAGACCAUAGUUGCAGGAGUUAUUACUCCACAAUUCUUUAGAGAUCCUACUCUUGUCGCCGCCCUUCUUCGCUUGCAGUUCCAUGAUUGUUUUGUUACAGGAUGUGAUGCAUCACUACUUCUAGAUGAAAGCAAUAGUGAGAAAACAGCAGCACCAAAUGUGAGAGUGAGAGGAUAUGACAUCAUAGAUGAAGCAAAGGAUGCUGUGGAGGAAGCUUGCCCUGGUGUUGUCUCUUGUGCUGAUCUCAUUGCAAUAGCCACUAGAGAUGCUGUUUUCUUGAGUGGUGGAGGCAGAUAUGAAGUUCAAACAGGAAGAAGAGAUGGUUUAGUUUCUGCAGGUCAAAAUGCAAGUAUUUUAGGACCCGGCGCAUCAGUUACUGAAGCUAUUGAAGCUUUUGCUGAUAAAGGUCUCAACGCUACAGACAUGGUGCUUCUUCUAGGUGCUCAUUCCGUCGGAGUAACUCAUUGUUCCCUAGUUGAAGAUCGUAUCUACAAUUUCCAAGGCAGUGGAAAUCCCGAUCCAGUCAUGGAUCCUUUCCUAGUUAAUCUAUUAAAAUUUAGGUGUCCUCAGUUUUCUACAACAGACAACACUAUCAACCUUGAUCAAAAUCCAUUUAGUCCAUUCUUUAUGGAUGUGUCAUACUAUCAAAACGUAAUGAUGCACAGAGGGAUUCUACAAAUAGACCAAGAGCUUGCACUGGAUCCAGUGACAAUGCCUAUAGUCAGAAAUCUAGCCAAUGCAUUCGAUUUUCCGACAAGGUUUGGUGCUGCAAUGGUUAAACUAGGUGCUCUUGGAGUUCUUACAGACAAAGAGGGGGAGAUUAGAAUAUCAUGUCGAGCACCUAAUAGUGAACCCUAAAUCUUUUUUUGAUUCUUGUACAAUGGAUAACUUAUUAGUAGGAAAUUGCAAGGAAUAAAUUUCAUCAAAUUUAGCAUCCAAAAUCCAAUUUCUAACGACAUUGUAAUCUUACUAGACUUUCCAAACAAAUGAUUCAUGAUCCUCAUUCCUGA